CUCCAAAGAGAGAUGUGAUCCAACCUUACCCACCACUAUCCUCAGAACGCUGCGAGCUGCUUGGCAGGAAAAUUGCUACACUCUAUAUUUGACUUUACAUUGUCAAUUUUGUCGUUUUAAUCAUGCAACUAUUCCCUGUUGUUGCAAGCUGAAAAACUCAGAUUUAUAUUGAAGUGUGAAGACCCCCGUUACAGUUUGGAUAACAAAAGCGCCGAUUUUACGCACACGAUUUACUUUGAGUUUAAGCGGAUUUGUUGAUAUAGCUGCUUAUACAGACUUCAACAAAGUUUUGGACAUGUUUUUUAAUGUUCAGCGUUUUCAAUGUGGAUCCUGAUUUUUUAGGCAUUUCGCAUUGAAUGUACGUGCCCACUGUUGCCAGUUAAGCUACAUGUUGUAAAUCACCCUCGUUUCUUGGAUGGAUACAGUGAAGCAAACUGCUGUUGUUGCUGAGAUGCUGGGCUCUAAGGACUGCAUAUUACAGAUGCGGGAUAGGAGAGAAUGCGAUACCCGUUCCAGGGAAAGAAUAGAGGGAGAAAUGGAUCGGUUGCGAACUCGGGAGAGAUUGGAAGCUGCUCUAGCGGGUAUUGGAGAGCUGGAAUACUUGAGACAACGACAGGAAUUACUGGUCAGAAAUUUGUUGAAUCAUCAGGAGGACGCUCUACCAACUGGGGAAGGUCCACUGAGCUUUACGCAUGAGGAGAAUUAUUUGAACUCCGAGGAAAAACUUCUGGAAGAAAACAUUUUAUUAUUAAGAAAACAAUUGAACUGCUUAAGAAGACGAGAUGCCGGUUUGAUCAAUCAGCUGCAGGAGCUAGACCGGCAGAUCUGUGACCUCCGGUUGGACACUGAGGCGUCACAUGACCAGAUGGAGACUGACAGCCGUCCGAGCUCAGGAUUUUAUGAGCUGAGCGACGGAGCUUCAGGGUCCCUCUCCAACUCCUCCAACUCCGUGUUCAGCGAGUGUUUGUCCAGCUGUCGCUCCAGCACCUGUUUCUGCAGCCCUCUUGACACAUCGCUGUGUGCCUCAGAGGGAAGGCUGAAAUCUGCAGACGAGCUGGGCAGCUGUGCGGAGUGCGAGGGCCGUUGUGAGGAGCAGCAGAUCGCGGGUGCGGUUAAGACGUCACUCUCCGCCACUCCCUUCCCACCCCCUCUGGACGCCUCCUCCAGUCAAGACCUCCAGUCCAAGUACCACUGCGACCUGAUCGGCAAGAACGGCAAUGACGUGUACCGUUACCCCAGCCCCCUCCACGCCGUGGCUGUGCAGAGCCCCAUCUUCUUCCAGUCUCUGGUCGGCCAACUCCGAGAGGAUGGGGGUUUGUCAAAGAGUGGCAGCGGCGGCGAGGGAUUCGUCGACUGUCACAAACUCGACCAGCAGCCUAUUCUGGUGCCUCAGAGCACUUCAUGGCCUGCGACCCAAAUGCCCGCGGGUAAAAGACUGGACAGUUAUAUAUUGGGCCUGCUUCAGAGGCGGGCUCUGCCCAUGAGGACCAACAAACCACGAACAAGCAUCAGCACCGACCCGUCCAAGAGCAUCCUGAGGCAGGGCAGCUUGUGCGUGAGACAGGCCAGUGUUUGUCAGCAACAGCAGCCAGCGCCACAUGGACUGUGGACCGCUCCGGUUCCUGACCUCAAACCAGCCUGGCAGACGUGUUUACAAGCGGGAGGCGCCAGUACUACUGAUCCACGAACAGGCUCUCCGCAUAGACAGUGGUCGGUGGAGAGCAAAGGAGUGUCGGACAAUGGGACGGCGUCCCAGUCUUUGGGCCAUCCUCAGAACGCAUGUGGCCCGAUCAACGGCAGUGACAGUCAAACCAGCCUGGUGACCAACAACCAGGUUAAAAAGAAGGGAUCAGAGUUGUCAGCCAAUAAAGUACUUUCAGCAUCGACCGCUCCUCAGUCUAAAGACAACCAGGGCCUGGGAGCCCCUAAUGCCAAUUCCUCCCCGAAAGAGAGCAAGCAUCCUUGUCACCCUGCUACUUCAGAAGACAUCCCUAUUAAACACUCCCAGACACUUCCUAGAGAGCUCACCAAAGCAGGCACUCCUAAGAAAAGCCUUAAAAGUGUCCCGGUCUCGGUCCAGACCGUCCAGCACACUAAGAAAGAGAGGCCCAUGCUGGAGUUAGGCAGUGUGGGGUCUUCCUCUCAGAGCCAGGACGAAGGACACAGUCACAUGGUCAGCGCUCAAUACAUCCCGUCCCAGAGGCAGACCGUCAAGCUCCGCAAGGGGGGCAAGAACAUCAAGAUCGUCAAGGUGAAGGGCGCCUCCCUGAAACCACACAGGGGUACGCACGCCCAUGCCGAGCCCGUUUCAUCCGAGGCGGCCGGGGGGAGGGAGAAGGGUCACCGGUCUGGAGGGUCGAGGAAAUCGCAUCAGCCGGAGGACGCGCAACACGUACACAGACCAUCCUCCAAGAGGGGGGCGUCCUCCCGGGCCAGGCGCACCGUGCCAGCCUCCAUCCCAGAGGGCCGCGUCCUGGAGAAACACGUGGCCACGUUGUCCACAGCCAGGUCCACGGUGUCCAGGCAUCCAGGCCACCACGGAAGGGAAGUGGUGGUGGCCAAACCCAAGUACAAGCGGACAAGCGGACAAGCGGAAUACAACCGAGGACGACUGAGGGCCGUCGCCGAGGUGCCUUACGACGAGGCCUUUCGGAGAGCCCACCGCCGGCAAAAGAGGGAGCUCAUCGGCCAAGUGUCCACGACCACCACCACCACCAUGUACCUGCCUUCCAGCGUGCAGUUCACCAGCCCGUACACCUACGUGGCUGGCAGCGACUCUGAGUAUUCCGCCGAGUGUGCCUCGCUCUUCCACUCAACCGUCAUGGACACUAGUGAAGAUGAGCGUAGUAACUACACCACCAACUGCUUUGGAGACAGCGAGUCCAGCCUGAGUGAGGGGGACUUUGUAGGUGAGAGCACCACCAGCAGUGACUCUGAGGAGAGCGCCGGGGUGAACUGGCCCCAGUUUGCGGGGCACGGCACUGGGCCUCAGGAGGUAACCGCCACCCAGGCUAAGGCCUUUGUCAAGAUUAAGGCCUCUCACAACUUGAAGAAGAAGAUCCUUCGCUUCCGAUCUGCGGGUUCGCUGAAACUUAUGACGACUGUAUGAGGGAGGGACUUUAGGGUGUCAGGCAUAAAGAAGUGACAGCCAAUCAAAUUGGCCCCUCUCUCUGCCCAACAACAAGUGCCUAGACUGCGCUAAAAUCAGUCUGAGAGACGUUUAAAGACUCGUUUAAUUGGGAUAUGAGGAUUUGUAUACAAUGUCCAGCAAAGUCUCUCUCCCUGCACUUUCUGACUAACGUUGGACAGGGGUAAAAUCUGAGUAGCCCCAUUGUAGCCAUUUUUGUAUUUAUUACUUGCUCUAGUACAUGGCAAAAUAUCUGUAAAGCCUUUUAAUGGUCCUGAUUUACUUUUUGGAUUAAAGCUAUUUAAAGUGUAAUAUAUUUGGUUGGUACUUCUGGGAUACAUGUGAAAGUUCUGAAAAAAACACGGUAUUAAGUGGCUGUAAGGAAUAUUCUUGGCUGCAUAGACAGUCUUUCAAAAACAGACGUUCCAACUUCAAAUGCUCGUAAUACAAAGGUAAUGAUUUGAUGUAUGUACAAAUACAAUAUGCAUGAACAACUUCUUUACCUUACCAUCUGUUGUUGAUACUAAACUGUACAUUGCCAAUUGUUGUACAUAAUGUCUAUGUAUGUUAAUACUGGUGCUUAACCUUUUUAUGCUUUAUUAAAUGUCUGCUUUAAGAUCA